UGUGAAGCUGCGCUGUCCAGCGCGCUGCGUGACCAACUCGAGUCGCAGCAUCAAACUGAGUCAACGCAAACACAAUCAUGCCAGCAAUCUGUACAAAAUGCACAAGUCACGAACUAGGCCCCACUCCUGAUGAGCUGCCUCCUGUAAAUGUGGCACAGUAUGUGAGAUCAAGUCGGGGUACGGAUUUGGUGUUCUAUGAGGGCAACACAUACACGCCCAACGAGAAGUUGCGCGAGGGUCAGAAGUCGCGCGAUUGGAAGUGUUCCAUGUACCACAAGGCCAAAUGUCGUGCUCGCCUGAACACUCGUAUGACCAAUCAGGGCGAUCUGAUUCACAUGACCAGCCAGAAGCAUUCGCAUCCGGCUAUGUAUGUGCUGCAGCAGGAGGGCCCAGAUGCGAGGAAAGUGUGCCUCACACGGAACCCACAGUGCGUCGGUCCACACACCACCAAAACGGGCAAAUCAAACUAAUCUAAGGCCUUUGAGUGGAGAAGAAUGAAUAAAACUUGUUUUGCUUUGAUUUAACUUGAUGGCUGAUUAAUUAUUACUCAUUAAUUUCUGAUCAUAUUUGAACCAGCUGAUAUAUUU